CAGUCAAGUCGGACCAUGGCGGAAGAAGACGACACGAGAAUUCGGAUUUUACAAAGCCUGCGGGGAAAGAUAUGUGAAGGCAAGAACCUGGGUCCGUGUUCGGGGCCCAACCGACAGCGGGACCUCUGCACCUUCUGCACCAUCAGCCUGGACCAGGAGGAGGUGUUCCGGACCAAGGUGUUUGACAAGAGUCUCAGCCCUUUCUAUGGUGAGGACUUCUACUUUGAGAUCCCACGACCAUUUCAGUGUUUGUCCUUCUACGUAUUCGCCAAGGGUGUUUUUCAAAGGGACCUGCCUGUCGGGAAAGUGUCCAUCCGGAAGGAGGAACUGUGUAAAUUCAGUGGGAAGGAGCACUGGUUUGGCCUGCAGCCCGUGGACCCUAACUCUGAAGUCCAGGGAAAGGUCCACCUGGAGAUGCGUCUGAAUGAACUGAUCAUAGAGAACGGCUCCAUGUGCCAGCAGCUACUGGUCCGGAUAAUAGAAUGCCAGGGCUUGCCUCUGAUCAGUGGACAGAACUGUGACCCGUAUGCCACUGUCUCGCUCGUUGGGCCUGCCAGGUUUGACCAGAAGAAAACAAAGGUGAAAAAGAAGACCAGUGACCCUCAGUUUGAGGAAACUUUUUACUUUGAGGUCACAAGGCCCAACAGUUACACAAAAAAGUCUCAUUUCCAAGUAGAGGAGGAAGACAUUGAAAAGCUGGAGAUCAAAGUUGACUUGUGGAACAAUGGGAAUUUGGCGCAGGAUGUUUUCCUUGGGGAGACGCGGGUAUCUGUCAAGAUUCUGCGAAAUGACCACAUUCACAGGGCCUGGUAUCUCCUCCAGCCCAAAGGGAACGGGAAGUCCAAGACAGACGACCUGGGCUCUCUGAGGCUCAACGUAACCUACACAGAGGACAAUGUGCUGCCAUCCGCCUACUACACACCGCUCCGCACGCUGCUGCUCAAGUCCCCAGACAUUAAGCCCAUCUCGGCGUCAGCGGCCCACAUUCUGGGGGACAUCUGCAGGGAGAGGUAUGAGGCGGUGCUGCCCGUGGUCCGCCUGCUACUCCACCACGGCCGCCUGGUGUCCUUCGUCUCCGCCAUCGUUGCCCUGGAGCUGGAGAACACUCAGGAGGCCAACACCAUUUUCCGUGGCAACUCCCUAGCAACACGCCUCAUUGACGACAUGAUGAAGAUUGUAGGGCGGAGCUACUUGACGGUCACCCUGAAGCCUGUAUUGGAUGAGAUUUGUGAAUCAAACAAAACCUGUGAGAUUGACCCGAUCAAACUGAAAGAGGGAGAUAAUGUUGAGGUCAACAAGGAGAACCUGCAGGGGUACGUUCAGAAGGUGUUCUCGUCCAUCACCCAGUCCAGCUCCAGCUGUCCCCCGCUCAUGUGUGACGUGUUCCGCUCGCUGCGUCAACUGGCCUCCAAGCGGUUCCCAGAUGAUCCUCAUGUCCAGUAUUCGGCGGUCAGCAGCUUCGUGUUCCUGCGCUUCUUUGCCGUCGCCGUUCUCUCGCCACACACCUUCCAGCUCCGCCCACACCAUCCUGACCUAGAGGUCUCCCGAACACUCACUCUAAUCUCCAAGACCAUCCAGACUCUGGGGAGCUGGGGGAGCCUGUCCAAAAACAAACUGUCUAGUUUUAAAGAAUCCUACAUGUACGAUUUCUUCAAAUCAUUCCAAGAAGACAAAUGUAUUGGAAAAGUAAAAAAGUUCCUAGAUGAGAUCUCCUCCAACGUCAGUAAGGAGUCCAGCGGGGUGGAGGAUUCUGUGGUUCUCAAAGAGGGGGAGGUACAGAAGCGGGCCCAGGGAAGGAAACGCAUCGGCAAGAACUUUAAGAAGAGGUGGCUUAGAGUGACCAACAGGGAGCUCUCCUACCACAAGCACAGAGGGAAAGAAGCACUCUGCAUUAUGCCUGUGAAGAAUAUCCGGGCUGUGGAGAAACUGGACUUAAGUGCCUUUAACCGCAAAAAUAUGUUCCAGGUGCUUCACAGUGAGAAGCCACUGUACGUGCAGGCGGGGAACUGCGUGGAGGCCAGUGAGUGGGUGGAGGUGCUGAGCCAAGUGAGCCGCUGUAAUCCGGAUCGCCUGGGCACCUUCCACCCCUCGGCCUACUUGGCCGGAGCCUGGCUCUGCUGCAGGAGCCUGAACGACAGCCAGCCGGGCUGCAAACCCUGCACACCUACCUUGCUGGCUAACCUACAGCUGGAUAUUGACUGUGACCGCGAGACGGAGAGAAUCUUCUCCCUCUUCACCUCCAGCUACUCCAAGCUACAGAAGAUGGAAGAUGCGUGUGCCAGCAUCGCUGUGUACCAGGGUCCUCCGAGGGAGCAGGACGACUACUCCCUGUUCACCAUCCAGGACUCCAAGGAGACAUUCCACACAGUGCGGCAGAUCACACACAUCCUGAAGGAGCUGCAGAGAGAGCACGACACCCGCAGCGGCACCGCGCAGUACGGCAGCCAAGAGAAUCCGAUAGUUGGGAAGACAUCCUAACGAGUCUAGGUGGGUCUGUCUGGCCUGAGACAGCCAUUCCAGAAAAUGGCAGUAUGCCACCUGCCACAGUUCUACACUGGAGCCCCAGAGUGACACUGAGAACGAUGCCCGCCUCGCGAGGACCAAGAACCCACACUCCCAAGGUCGCGCUCUGCCCCCGCUUCCCCCUCCACCACGUGUGACUGGACGGACGGUCCAAUAGCGGAAGUGUCACCUGAACCUGGUCAGAAGCUCUCAUUGGUUCAGAAGAGGAGAACCUUGGUUGAGUUUUAUUCUCUAGCUCUCCCCGUCUGUCUCCAUCCUUCUCUCUUUCUCACACACCACUGCUCUAAUCAGAGGAAUAUGUGCUUGCUCUCGUCUUCUACUUGAUUUGCACAAAGACCAUACAACAUCAUUAGUUGGAGUGUGUUUGUGUGUGUGAAUAGGCUGCUAAAAUACUCCAUUUUAUUCACUCAAUGUUUUCAAUCUCGAUCGUCAACAAUCGAGAUGAUGCUCUCACAAUCUCUUGGGGCUUCACUGUUUGACGUCCGUUUACGACUAAACAGCAAGCUGACUUUGUUUCUCUCAUUUUUCUAUCAAAGGGUCCACUUAACUGUACUCUCUUCUUCCUCCUCUGUCCACCUCUGUGCUUUGAACAAAUGUAGGUGUUUCAGAGUACAGUUAAGUGGUUGAGACCGAUCUGCCUUAUUUUUCUUAAUGGAUGUAUGUGUAACAAUCUCUCGUGUCCUCGAGUUAGGGACUAAUGCCGAAGCACUUUACAUAUUUGGGAUAUUCCAGAUGGCAUCGUUUUAGAUACGUGGUAUCAGUAUACCCCCCAUAUCGAUCAGUUCAAUGAUCUCGAGUACGUUCUCCUUUCCAUUCCUGUACAAUAACAUUUAUAGCCUGUAGAUUUUAAUAGCAAAUUUUCUUACACCAAAGACGUAAGGUCGACUUGGGAAAAAAGGGUAUGAAUGUAUUUUGAAUACAGACUUUUUUUAAAUGGAGAGAAAUACAGUAUAUAUUUCGUUCAUGUACAUUUUGGUAACUGCAUUGUUCCUCUUUUUAACGAUUUAGACGAUUUGAUUGAGUAACGUUAUAAUGUUCUCUGGAAAUGCAGAUGGACCGUGGUCAGUAGUCUAGAAAUGUCUGUGACGGGCCUCCCGGGUGGCGCAGUGGUCUAGGGCACUGCAUCGCAGUGCUAGCUGCGCCACCAGAGUCUCUGGGUUC